AUGAAGAUUGUCUUACAAAAAGUUAGUCAGGCGUCUGUAGUCGUUGACUCAAAAGUUAUUUCAAAUAUUAAACAUGGUUACAUGCUCUUAGUAGGCAUUUCCAUCAAUGAUUCUAUGGCGGAUGUAGAUAAACUAUCCAAGAAAGUUCUUAAUUUGAGAAUCUUUGAAGAUGAAACUAAGAAUCUAUGGAAGAAGAAUAUUAAAGAGGCCAACGGUGAAAUUUUGUCAGUGUCUCAAUUUACAUUGAUGGCAAAAACCAAGAAGGGAACCAAACCAGAUUUUCAUUUAGCCCAAAAGGGUCAUAUAGCGAAAGACCUCUACGAAGAAUUUUUGAAGUUACUAAGAAGUGGCUUAGGUGAAGAAAAAGUAAAGGACGGUGAAUUCGGCGCCAUGAUGAGCUGUUCUUUAACUAAUGAAGGACCAGUUACAAUCAUUCUUGAGAGUGACUAA